UAAAUGUUGUCUUUAAAAUUAAACUAAAUAGGCUUCCUCACUAACUUUCAUUUUUGGACGUGAGGUUCAAAUGAACUGCAUGGCUCACAGAUCAAAGGUGCUCAUUUGCAUUAAUUAACGCAGCUGGAGUUAAAUAUUAGCCUUCAGGGCCAAUCAAAGCGAUCGAGCACAACACGAAGAUGAGAGAUCAAAGAGAGAUCAGAUCGAUCCCCCCCCACGCAGUAAUCUGAUUGGUUCAUGGUGUAAAACCAGGAUCAGCUCGAGUCCGGGCCUCAUCACAGCCUCAACUUCCACCGUCUGUCUCCCCUUUAGAGCUUUAAAACGACUCCAUCGGAUCACUCAUUUAAAUUAGAAAAAAAAAAUCUCAUUACAUAAGUAAGAUCUAAUGCACUUGGUAUGUGAGUGCGUUAAAAAACUCAGACUACAUACUGACAGCUUUCUUUGCUUGGGUGUUUUAUGGCGUCUCUGGCGCGGCUCUUAAAUGGGAUGUUUGAAUUUAUUGUUACAGCGCUGGACGCGUUCCCAGGAGGGCUGAAACGGGACAGGAGACGUAGCUGCUUGUCUGUUCACACGAGGAGGAUUUCUGGGCUGAAAACGCAGCUUGAACGUUUCAGAAUAAAAAGUUUAAAAAGCUGGGGGGUUUUUUGUUGUUUUUUUUAAUUCGCGCCACCGAAGGGAGGCGUCUUCUUAAAAGGCCCUUUCACUUGUCUAAAUCAACUUCAAAUGAGGGUCAGAAACAGAAAUAUUCCAAUCUUUUCCUCUCCUCAGCCACCUUAAUGUUUCGGGAUUUUCCCUGUGCUCUAACUGCCAUCCAAAAACCGUGUGUGAUCUUUAUCUCAGGGGCUUAUUAUCAUAUGAAACUGAGCUUGCAUGAUCAGCAGAAAGGGCUUGUAUUUCCUCACACACACACACACACACCACACACACACAGUGUGCAGAAAUGCUGUGCAGGGCGGUGUGAGCUGCAGAAACGCUGUCCACUCCGCAAAGCCUCCGUCACAUCAUCUGAUGCGGGAGCCGCUCGCCUCCUCUGCGGGGAUUCUUCUGACCUGGGAGGCUUUCCAGAAAGGCCAGAAGCCCAGGGCUCUCUGGAAACCUGCCAUGUGACAUUUGGCUGCCAGCGCUCCGUCAGAAGGUCAAAGGGGCCCCCGGUGCACAUUGCAUGGAAAUGCAGGAAAGCAGCUCUGCACACACCGUCCAGCGGCACCACCUCUUCAGCCAGGCUCUGGGUGAAGUCGGCGGCUUCGGCUGCUCACAGCACGCAGCCGCGCACCACCGACCGGCGCAAACGGACACGUUUGAGCGCGCGUUUCCCCGGAGGUCAAAGCAACAAAACCCCAAAGUUCCCAUGAGCAAAAAGGUUUUCCCCUGGAUGAAAGAGUCCAGACACUCAGACCAGAGACACGGCAGGAGGACCGCAGGCACCUCCGUCAACGACAAGUGCCCGAGCGCGAGCCCGGCCUCCAAGAGGACGCGCACCGCGUACACGAGCGCGCAACUGGUGGAGCUGGAGAAGGAGUUUCACUUCAGCCGCUACCUGUGCAGGCCGCGGCGGGUGGAGAUGGCCAGUCUGCUCAACCUCCAGGAGAGGCAGAUCAAGAUCUGGUUCCAGAACCGGAGGAUGAAGCAGAAGAAGGACGAGAGAGUGCAGGGCCUCACCAGCACCAGCACGACCUCCUCCUCCUCAUCCCCGUCGUCCCCCUCCGCCCCGGGCAGCCCCACGCUGUCGAGCCUGGGUUAUGUCCAUCUGGGCGGGGACUACCAGCCCGCCUCCCCUGCGCUCAAACCCCAACAACAGCAGCAGACCCAGCCGGCGUACCCGGCAGACUACUCCAAGUAUCCCGCUUCAGGCUUCACGCACGGCCCGCUGUUUAACGUGCAGUACAACACGCACGGCAGCUCACACACUGCAGACCCAGACGUGGAUCUUGACGGCUCAUAUUUCCCACAGAGCUGCACUCAGGACAGAAUCAUGCAAGCUCCAAAACUGACUCAUCUGUAGCAGACUGAAGAGCUCGACUCUCCAGAAAAAAACCUUCCCUUUAAUUUAUAAAAGACUUCACUCAUUUGUCUUGGUGCAUGCAUCUGCAUUAUUUAUUUGGCUAAUUAAUCCAACUAUUAGUCUUAUUUAUUCGUAUUUAUACAUAUUUAUCCAUCUUGUGCGUUUUAUAUUUAUUGUUGUGUCAUGGCGUCUUUGAAUCAUUUUUUUCAGAGACAUUAGGAAAUGUUUUAGAUUAAAAUGUUGCUGCAGCUACAAGUGAUCUGUCAAGAUUUCCUCUCCAGAGCAAAACAGACAGUACACAAAGACGACAGGCGACUGUAACGCAGCCAAAACGUAGGAAGAAAAUGCUAAAUUUCUCCCUUUUUGGUUAAAGUUUAAUUAGCACUUGAGGUCUGCUCUAACAGCACAUUAACGCUUUCUUAAUUACGGAUGAGUGUGGACGUGAUAGGCCUUUGGAAGAUAUUAGCCCAGUCUUGGUGUCGUUAAACUCUCAAGCGCGAGAAAAAGAAGCCUGAAAAUAAACUGUAUGCUUCUUAAACGUGUCUUUGUUCUUUUAUGGGCAAAGUGGGCCACACAAGCUGUCAGUCUCUUAAAAAGAGCGCAUGAUGGAUGAAUCCACUGCGCUGCUCCCGAGU